ACUAAUUUAUCCAUUUGUGCUGUAUUAUUAAGUAUUCUAAUUCAUAGGUUGACCCUUGAAUAGCUCAAAUCCAGAGAGGAAAAAUUAAUGGAAAAUAGAAUAGGCAUGAGAAAAACUAUGCACUGUGUGGUGCUACCAUAUCCAGCACAAGGUCACAUGAAUCCCAUGAUUCAAUUCUCUAAGCGCUUGCAACAUGAAGGUGUAAGAGUGACACUUGUCACCACCCUAUUUUACUUCAAGAACAUAGAGAAUAAUCUGAAUUUGCCACAUUCAAUUUCACUUGAGACAAUUUCAGAUGGAUUUGAUAAUGGUAGGCAUGGAGAAGCACUGAAUUUAAGUGUCUAUUUGGAGCGUUUUGGUCAAGUGGGGCCACAAAAUCUUGGUGAGCUUCUAGAGAAUCAUGCUAGAACAGGGUACCCUGUAGAUUGCAUAGUCUAUGAUUCAUUCUUAACAUGGCCACUUGAUGUUGCAAGAAAAUUUGGUGUGGUCGGUGCUGUUUUUCUCACUCAGAAUCUACCUAUAAAUGCCAUAUGCUACCAUGUCUAUAUUGGAAAACUGAGACAUGAUCAUGAGGUUUCGUUACUUCCCAUGUUGCCACAACUUCAACAUAGUGAAAUGCCUUGUUUCUUCUUUAACCAUGAGGAAGAUCCUGAUUUUCUUCAAAUGCUAAGGGAUCAGUUUUCAAACAUUGACAAAGCUGAUUGGGUCCUUUGCAAUAGCUUCUAUGAGCUGGAGAAACAGGUGACUGAUUGGACAAUGAAGAUUUGGUCCAAUUUUAGGACUAUAGGACCAAACAUACCGUCUAUAUUUUUGGACAAACGACUCAAAGAUGAUGAAGACUAUAAUAUCACACAGUUCAAGACCCAAGAAUGUAUAACAUGGCUAGACAAUAAGCCAAAAUAUUCAGUUGUUUAUGUAUCAUUCGGAAGUUUAGUUUCACUUGAUGAGGAACAAAUGAAAGAAGUAGCAUGUACUUUGAAACAUAGCCAAAAAUAUUUUUUAUGGGUGGUUAGAGUAUCUGAAGAAGCUAAACUCCCAAAAGAUUUUGCAAAGAAUUCAGAAGAGGGUUUAGUAGUAACAUGGUGCUCUCAAGUAAAGGUUUUGGCACAUGAAGCUAUAGGGUGUUUUUUAACACAUUGUGGUUGGAACUCUUCAAUAGAAGCAUUAAGUUUAGGAGUUCCGGUUAUUGUUUUACCACAAUGGUCAAACCAAGGAACAAAUGCUAAGUAUCUUGUGGAUGUUUGGAAAGUGGGAAUUAGACCUAUGGUUGAUGACAAAAAGAUUAUGAGAAAGGAAGCAUUGGAGUAUUGUAUUAGAGAAUUAAUGGAAAAUGAGAAGGGCAAAGAGAUUAAGAUCAAUGCUAUGCAAUGGAAGAAUUUGGCUAUUCAAGCUGUUAGUGAAGGUGGAAGCUCAAAUAAAAAUAUUAUAGAAUUUGUCAAUGGUCUAUUUCAUGUGCAAACAAAAAUUCAUGAGCCAACCAUUUCUCUUUAA